AUGCAGGGAGCCUUAGCCCCUCCCAUGCUGAACGUGUCUGUGAACAACGGGGAAGUGGAUUUCAUGGUGGACACUGGUGCGACCUACUCCACGCUGGCCAAGACUGACUCCAAUAUUCCACUAUUCUCUACUGCUGUGAGGGUAAAGGGGUUCUCUGGGAACUCUGCAGCUAUACCAAAAACUGUGCCAGUUCAAGUGACUAUGGGAAGCCAGAGAUUCAUGCAUCAGUUUCUGGCAUCAACAGACUGUCCUGUCAAUCUUUUGGGAAGAGACAUCAUGGUAAAGUGUGGUGUGGGAGUGUCCUGUUCAAAGGCUGGGGCUAUAGUGACUCUGAGAGAUGGCAAAGUGUUGCCCUGCCACUCCCAGCUCAAUGGAGGGAUGAUGUUGUUGCAGCCGGACACUGCACCCAUUAUACCCAACGAACAUGCUGAGAUCUAUUGGGGACUGCUUUGUUCAGAAUCUGCCACGGCCACAGGCAUAUUGACUUUCUAUCGUAAGUGGGAGCCCUGGAUCAAAUCUCUCCAACCUUAUAAUCCUCCACCAGGCCCUUUUCAUGUCAUCCUAAAUUACACCAGGCAGACUAACCUUGUGUAUGAUGAAGCAUUUCAAGAGCAGCUUCACCAGACGCGUUGGUUCAUUGUCUCUGAUGGGUUGUUUGUUGGUCCUGAAGUUGUUGCAGUGGUGGAACAAGAUGCAGAACAAAAUGAGUGGUUUGCACUCUCUGAUGUUUCUUACUCUCAUGCCUCGCUUGCAUUGCAUUCUAGACACCAAUCAAAAGAAUUGGGUCCCAUGACUAAGAGGCUAAAAGAAACUAUGGACUGGCAGAAUUCUCAGUUGCGCAUGCCCCAGAAAUUGUGGGCCACCUUUCCAACAGAUGUUGGACAUAUUGAUGUGCCACCUGUUAUGUUUGAGGUCAAACCUGGUCCACCUGUUUGGACCCCACAGUAUCCCAUUUCAGACGGGGCUGCACAAGGCAUAAAGACCACCAUUGAAGGGCUAAGUGACUCCGGUGUUUUGAUCAAGACCGAAUCUAACUACAACACUCCUAUUUUACCUGUUCCAAAACCAAACACAGACAAAUACCACAUGGUGCACAAUUUGAGAUGUAUUAAUGACAUCAUUCAGACAAAGUGCCUCCCUGUUCCUAAUCCAUACACAGCUUUGUCAUUGCUGACACCAAAACAUAAAUUCUUCACAGUAAUUGAUCUGGCAGAUUUUAGUGUUCCUCUGUCGGUUCAACUCCAAAGAUUUUUUGCAUUCACAUAUUUGGGAAAGCAAUACACAUACACGUCUCUGCCACUGGGAUUUGUAUUGUCUCCAUGUUUAUUUAAUCAUGCUCUCAAACAGCUGAUUAAAGAUGCACAGCUGCCCUCUGGAGUGCUCCUUGUCCAGUAUGUGGAUGACGUCCUUAUUGCAGCUGAAUCAGACAGCUCUUGUUUGAAAGCUACACGCAUCGUCCUGCAAACAUUAGCAGACAAAGGUUUCAAGGUCAAUAAGGCAAAACUACAAGUGGCAAGACCUCAGGUUUCAUUCCUGGGCAGAGUAAUCUCUGCUGCUGGUAAAUCAGUUUCCUCCGGACAGCUGGAAACUAUUCUGCAUCACAAACGACCUGAAACAGUGAAAGAAAUGCUGUCAUUUUUGGGACUGACUGGAUACAGCAGAAAUUAUGCACCAUCCUAUGUGGACAACACUGCACUCCUGAGGGGACUGGUAAAAGAAAAAGGGCACAGAAACCUUAAAGCAGCUCUGAACUGGACUACAGAAGCAGAGCAACAGUUUAUUCAGGUGAAACAACAUUUGGCAAAAGCAGCCUCGUUGGCUGUACCCAAUUAUGACGAUCCCUUCUUCUUGGAUGUUUCUGAAAAAGGGGGAGUUGUUAAUGCUGCCCUUUUUCAGAAAAAACGGGGUGAGAGAAAGGUACUAAUGUACUACAGUUCAAAACUUGACUCAGUGGAACAAGGACAACCUCCAUGCACAAAACAUGCAGCAGCAGUGGCUAAAGCAAUCACAAAAACAGCACACAUUGUGAUGUCUCACUCACUGACAGUACUGACGUCACAUACGGUUGCAUCAUUUGUCUCAUCGAAGGCUUUCACCAUGACUAGCCUAAGACAAACCAGACUGGAAGCUGUUUUACUGCAGCCACACAUCACCUACAGCACUGAAGGUGUAAAUAUGGCCAACACUAUGGAUCCUCUACCCGCACACAGAUGUGAAGAAAAGGUGGAAGCAGAUGACAUAGUUAUUAAUUACACAGACAUGGGCCCAGAAAACCGAGCUCAAGGCUACAGGUACUUGCUGGUCAUUGUUGAUUGCUAUACAAAGUGGGUAGAGGCCAUCCCCACCAAAAAGGAAGAUGCUGCAGUGUGCAAAUAUCUGAUCAAUCAGUUCAUACCUAGACAUGGAUUUCCAAGAUCAAUCAGAUCAGACAAUGGUUCACAUUUCAAAAAUGAAGAUUUGGCUAGAGUUGAGAAAAGUAUGGGCAUUAAACACAGAUUUGGCUCAGUUUAUCACCCACAGUCCCAAGGACUGGUGGAGAGAGCAUAUCGGACACUAAAGGAGAAGCUGGCUAAAAUUUGUGCUGACUCAAAGCUGACCUGGGUACAGGUAUUGCCAAUUGCCUUGAUGGCUAUCAGGGCUUCUGUCAACUCAUCGAUGGGAUUCUCCCAGCAUGAACUUUGCACAGGAAGGACUUUUCCCAAUCCAGCUGCCACUGGCAUAAGGGGGACACCCCUAGAUGUCAGCCAAAUACAACACAUUAGCUAUUAUUCGCUGCUAACUGCAUUGGUAGCCUCACUCUCAUUCCAGGUGCAGCAACGAGAAGUAGAUCCAGGAGAUUGGAUCUGGUUGAAGGUCACCAAGAGGAAGUGGACAGAACCAAGGUGGACUGGUCCACACAAAGUGAUAAAGGCAAACUCAUACUCAGUACAGGUGGAGACCAAGGAAGGUACUUGGUAUCAUUUGUCUCAGUGUGCUCCAGCAAGAACACCUGACAGAACAUUGAACACAAUCAGAAACAUUCUUGCUGACCAAAGAUUUGACAAACCAUUAGAUGAGCUAAUUGAAAGGGAGUUGGACAAGCACCCAAUUACAGAUUACGACCCAGGAAAAUCAGACUAA